AUGGUCAUGGGGACAAAACGGCUGAAUGUGCUUCUUUCCGCACAUCUUGGAAAGAACGCGCGGGGGAUAUUCAUCUGGUCAAAUUCCUUGAGGACGGUGCGAAAAAGAGGGAAGUUCUUCUACACAACAACAUGCACCCUACCAUGGGGAAAACAUGCCGAGGAAAAUAUCCCCAUGGAGGAACUGAAACAAUAUUUAUGUGUUGAAAAAAUACAUUCGGAAGAUUUCAAAAAAAUAAUGGCCAAAUGUGUGCAAGUGAAUAAAGACAGUGACACACGUAUUGAAGAUUUAUUGCUCAUUUUAAUUCUGUUUACAAAAUUUUCUCCUCAUUUUAAGCAAACAUGUGGAGAUUCACUCCACGAUGAAAUUUGCCAUAAUAUAUUUAACAGCAUAAAAUUAAAAACACAUUAUUUAUACACAAGCAAAAUGCUCAUCCACACAAUGAACAUACUGACAAAUUUACAACUUAUUGACAACACACUUGUUCUUGCAUUCAUAAAUAAAUGCUCCUAUUUUAUACAACACGUGGAAUACCAAAUUGAAGACCUGGUUCAUUUUCUUUCCAUUUUUAGUAAAAUUUAUUUGUUAAAGAAUGAUCCUAAAUUCAUGAAAUUAAAAAGCUUCAAUUGGGUGCUAAUCAAAAAUAUAUGCAACAAAUUGACAUACAAUUUUGACCGUUUUUUUUUAACCUACAAUGAUUAUGCAUACACACACAAGUUGAAGAAAAAAAUUAAUGAGCAGAUUAGGAAUAUGCAAUCGGAGGGGAAAAACUCCCGACUGUCUUCACACUGUAGUAUCAGCACUUUAAACAGGCUUGACACCGUUGACCCACGUGUCAAACGGAUCAAAAUUGGCAACUCUGAGCUUCAAGUAGGUGAUGAUUUCGGUGGGGGACUUCCAUCUUCCGCCUCCUUCACAGGGUUUGCCCAAAAUUCUUCAAUCAAUGAAUACUUCGGCGAUGUCUCCUCUGCGACUACCCCGCAUACUGUUUCUUCUACAACGGCGGGACCUCUGCCAAAUCGAGCUACACUAAAUGAAUUACCCAGUGACAUAUCACAGCUCUGUUCCUCACAGGAAAGGCACUAUCUGCUGGACACACUUCUCAGCAUCAGUAGAAGCCUGAGGGAUUUGAAGUUUGCGCACAUGGGGCUGCUAAACGAGGUGGCCAACAUGUUGCAGAGCCAUUUCGUGGAAGCAACAAAAGGACGGGUUGAAACUCGUGGUGAUGUUGAUCAUGCCACGCAUGACGAGUUCGCGAAGCGUGGUGAUACCGACAUCGCCAGAAAAAUAUUUCACAUCAUGCAGUGUCACCUGUACCUGCAAGUGGACCAUCAUAUGCUGUACAAAAGCAUUCUGAACACGUAUAAAAGUGACCUUCCGAAUGUGGGCAAUUUGGUAGUUUUGUUCUUCUUGUUGGCAAAAAAUAAAUUAUUCCCCUCCAAGACCAUCCACCUAUUUGAUGCCGUAUUUAGGGAAAAAAUAUGCCAAGGGCAGUAUGAUGAGAGGGAUCUAUCCACGCUUUUACACUCCUAUGCAAUGCACAAAUAUAGGGAGGUGUCCGUAAUUCGGUUGAUACUUUCCCGUUUAGUGCCAAAUUGUGUUAGCCUUUAUCAGGGCGAUCAUGAAGAUCAAGGCAAUUCCGGUUUUAAUCCUGGGAAGGUUCCCCUUCCCAAUGGGGGAAGUAAUGUGAAUGUCCAAUGUGGCAAGUGGACGCAGGGCAUAAGUUGCAGGGAUGUCCUAAACUGCAAUGCUGAAGAUCCUCAGACACGUAGCCUCAUCGUGGACCUUCCCGGAAAGGUGAAAAUACUCCACAGCUUGUUCAAGUUGGACAUAUACGAAGAAGCGCUUAUCUGCGAAGUAUCCAGAACGAUAAGCGAGGACAACAUAAAUAAUCUGGACUACAAGGAGCUAGCCAAAUUGCUGCUAGCCAUGUGCUACUUCUCCAUAGAUAAUGCACAUGCAUAUAAUUUAAUCAUAAAAAAUUUAAUAAAAUUUGAUAUCAUUCUAGAUAAUGUCUACCUGACCCAGUUGAAGAUAUGUGAGUUGGCACUUCGAACGAGACACGUCCCAAAUGUCUAUGACCAACUGAACGAGGAGUGCAUAGAAUAUAUGUCUUCCAUAAAAGCUAAAGAAAAAGAUGCAGAGUAUCACAUUAAAUCAGAUUUACAAAAGGAAGUUAAAAAUUUCCUUUUGACCUUUAAUUUGUGCAUGUCGGAGGAGGUACCCCUUGGACCAUAUGACGUCGACUUCGUGGAAGAAGAUCCUACCUUUCUUCGCAUUCCGAGAAAUUACCUUCUUCGCAGGGAUGGUCAAGCGUCAAUUGUGCCGGGGGGUGUAACCCAGCACAAUACCAAUCAUAAUGGGUGUACAUCCCAUCAACAGGAGUCCACCACGAUGGGUCAGCUUCCAGAAAGUGAUCCACCAAAUGGAAACCCUCACAAAAGAAGAACCAAAUUAAUCAUUGAGGUAAACGGAGAACACCACUUUUAUAAAAACAGCAAAUCCUACACCGCGCUGUCGAAACUGAAGCACAAGUUGUUAAGCGACCUUGGCUAUACCGUUAUCAACAUACCUUAUUUCGAGUGGGGACAGCUAACAACCAACUUGGAUAAAAAGGCCUAUAUUAAAAAAUUAAUUUCCGACAGUCUUACUUUUGAGGUAGUGAAUGUUUUGCCACUUAAUCAAAAGAGUGAACCGCUGGGGAAAAAGGAAAUGGCAAAGGUUGUCUCAACCAUUCGGCAGAGCAGACGAAGGACAGACUUCUUAACCGACAUUGCCAAGUUUAGGGGAAAAAAUAAGUUGGCCUUUUUAAAGAGGAAAGUUAAAAAUGUGUAG